AUGGAGUCCACCAAGGUCCCUGUCAAGCUCGCUCGUGUUACUAAGGUUCUCGGCCGUACCGGCUCGCGCGGUGGUAUCAUCCAGGUCCGCGUCGAGUUCAUGGACGAGACCCGCCGAUCGAUCAUCCGCAACGUUAAGGGCCCCGUCAAGGCCGACGACAUCCUUGCUCUCCUCGAGUCUGAGCGUGAGGCCCGACGACUCCGAUAA